CACACUGAGCCCCAUACGCAGGCUUCCCCUUUGCAGGUGCCUAUCAAGCUGUGCAUACCGGGGGACCCUGACAGAUUCCCCUCCACCAGGCCCUCAUCAAUUUGGGAGCAGUGGACAAUUUCAUGGAUGCAGCUACAGCUCAGACUCUAAAGCUCCUCCUGCUACACAAGGCCAUGCCCUUGAUCCAGUUGAGGAGGAGACUGUCCUCCUGGAGGCUGUUAUUCAGGAACACAGAGAAAUGAUGCAAUUCAGUGAGAUCCAUGUCCCACAUUUUCCCCUGAUCCUUGGCAUCUGUUGACUGACCCUUCAUGACACCCUCAUUCACUGGUCUGUACAACUCUAUGGAUAGCUGGAUGAUUGUCCCAAACAUCAAACAGAACCACUACACCGUGCACGGGCUCCAGAGUGGCACCAGAUACAUCUUCCUUGUCAAGGCCAUAAACCAAGCUGGCAGCCGGAACAGCGAACCUGCCAGGCUCAAGACAAACAGUCAGCCCUUUAAGUUGGAUCCCAAGAUGGCUCACAAGAAGCUGAAGCUCUCCAAUGAUGGGCUGCAGAUGGAAAAAGAUGAGAGCUCCUUGAAAAAGAGCCACACGCCUGAGAGGUUCAGCGGCACUGGGUGCUACGGAGCAGCAGGCAACAUAUUCAUCGACAGUGGGUGCCAUUACUGGGAAGUGAUGGUGGGAUCUUCAACCUGGUACGCCAUUGGCAUCGCCUAUAAAUCAGCCCCAAAGAAUGAGUGGAUUGGCAAGAACUCCUCAUCCUGGGUCUUCUCCCGCUGCAACAGCAACUUUGUGGUGAGACACAACAACAAGGAGAUGCUGGUGGACGUUCACCCACAGAUGAAGCGCCUGGGCAUCCUCCUGGAUUAUGACAACAACACCCUGUCCUUCUACGACCCGGCCAGUUCUCUCCAUCUGCAUACAUUCAACGUUUCCUUCAUCCUGCCGGUGUGUCCAACGUUUACCAUCUGGAACAAAUCUUUGAUGAUCCUGUCAGGCCUGCCUGCUCCAGACUUCAUCGAUUACCCGGAGCAGCAGGAGUGUAACUGCCGACCGCAGGAGUCCCCGUACGUAUCAGGGAUGAAAGCCUGCCACUAAGCAGCAGCCAACCCCUGUCAUGCUCCACAGUGGAUCACAGGAAAUGUUUGUGGGGGCUUCUGAAAGCUGGGUUGGAAAGCAGGCCCUGACGCCAGAGAAAUAACGCUUGGCGAGUGAGCACCUCCCACAGGAAUCUCAUUUUUAAGGGAAAAACAAAACUUUAAAAGCGAUUGACAUAAACUCUGUGACUGAGCUCUGUGUGUGCGGGAAUAUGGCUUGUGAAACUCCUUUGUAGCGGGAUGGCGUUCCUACAGCUGGACUGUCACAGGGCUUGUUUGGGAGUGAGUGAAGGGGGAUGUGGGCAGUGCUUGUUCCAGGGCCCCCUAGGAGUGUGGGCAAGGGAGGGGAUCCUGGGCAGAGCAGGGUGUGGCCUGGUAGGGGCCAGCUUGAGCACCAACCAGCUCCAUUGACCAUCGCCAUUUAGAUGGGGGGCUGCAAUCGGCCGCAUCUCAGGAAGGAUCCGUCACAUAAGCAGCGUGGCUUUCAAUGUCACCCAGACAGGCGGCUGCAGCCAACCUCAAGAGCCAUUCAACAGUAUGCAAAUUGUGAAAGUGGAACCCGCUCUAAGAGAGCCAUCCAGCUGCUUCGCCUGCGGGGUGUGGCUGGUGUGUUUAGUUGACAGGGGCACACGCUUCCUCCCGCUCGGGGGGACGCUCAGACCUGAAAUCCGGCUCCCCCCAGUGCUCCCUCUUCUUCCGUUAUAACUGCCUCCUUUGGGAGGCCCUUUGUCAUUAUACAUCAGGGAGGCCCCAGCCAAGCCCAGCUCUGGUUAAUAUCUGAUCUGUGAAAUGGAGCAAGCUGAGGUGUCUGUCCCCUCCAGUGCCCAUCUGGGGCCUGUGGAGAGCACAGGCCCCAUCAUGCAAUGCUACUUCUUGAGGCUGGGCUAGGUCAUGCUCCAUGGUAGAGAUGCGUCUGGCCAGAGGAUGCACUGGUUUAAUGUAGGCCAUCCCCCUGGAAAGAGUGUGUGUUGGGAGUGGGGAAAGGGCCCAGUAUCACCUGGUGCUGCUGCUGCUGCUGCUGCCGCCAGGCAGGAGGAGUGGAAGCUGGCCAGACAGCACUAUCUCCAGAGAAGCAGGAGAGAGCCAGUGGGCCAUGGGGUGUAUAACUACUGUAGUGUACAAGGACUGUAUCCAUUAUUUAUGCCUCUGCACACAGCCCUGAUCAGAAUUCACUUUCUCCUCUGUACGUUGUGUUGGUGUGAGGGUGACUGGGGGCUACAAGGGAGUAAAAUCUAGAAGACCAAAUAUGAGCGCUGAUAGCAAGCAAGGCAGCCUGGCCGGGCAAAGUCCGUCUAGCUCGUUCUCUGUCCCAUGCUGGCUGGUUCUUGGGGUCGCCUCUGGAGUCAAUGCAGAGCUGUUCCUUUCACUCUGAAGUUAACCUAUGGGGCGGAGAUCAGAAUCCAGUCCCCGGACCUUUAUGUUUGGGUAACUUUGCCCCCUCUCAUGCAGAGACUUGCCCAAGGUUUUUGUUCCCCAUGAAUCCCAGCUGGUCUGACCCUCCCUGGAAGGCACCUUGCAUCAUCACUUACGCUGGGACCGAGCAAGGGCAAGUUCUGCUAAUCCUCAGCUCUUCCCUUCCUGAUGCUGGGGGAGCGUGUUGCGUAGAUAGCUGUGAAUGACAACAGGAGCUGGGCAGGGGAGGAUGGGCCUGCAUGUGUCAGAGGAACCGCAGGUCAUGGGGAGACAGUGCCCAAAGCACACAGAAAGCUGCCUCGUGGAGCCUUUGAUCUGAAUUGGGAGAGGGAUAGGCAAUGUCUUAACUUUCAUAGGUGCAAAGGGAAUGCCGUCACCAGCAUGUGCGACUUACGAUGUCUCGGUUCCAGCUGCUUCUGCAGCUGUGGGCAGGUCUAGCCUGGGUUUGCAGCCUUCCACACCAGAGCCGGUGCUGCUGCAGACCCUCAUUCCAUGCUGUGGACAUGGCUGUCUGAAUAUCAGUCUACUGGCUUUUAAAGUCUGGUUCUUUCACACACAGCUGGUGCUGUUCUGCCAGGGACCCAGCAUCCAACCAGCUUUUAGAACUGGCGCUAACAAAACCUCCGUAUCUUGGGAAGUCUCUCCUUUGGAACGAGGUUUGGCUCUUUUGUCCAGCCAAGCACCAGGCUGGCAGUAUUGGCUAGUGCCGGUCCAGGGGCCAGGUUCAGUGUGUUCUUUGGAAUGUCCCUUCUGUUAGUCUCUCCUUAGUUUUGUUGCAUGGGGCCGUGUGAUCCAGGACAGGAGAAGUUGCCUGACUGCCCUUGUGUGGCUUAAAACUCUGCUUAACUUUUCCUUGUUUCAAACAGGAAGAGACCUCUGGACCUUGCUGAUCAGAAACCUACCUCAUAGCCAAGCCUCCGGGGAGCAAGUGGAUUGAUUGAUCCAGGGGUAGUCUUAGUGUGUGUGCGCUACUUAGUGUUAGGAUGGAGUGGGCAGAGCAUGGCUCACCUGGCUGGAGGGAGGUUCCUGCCUAGUUUCAGGAGUGGAGGUCAGAGAGAGGGUGGUUUGGCUCAGAUGGAGUGAAGUGUGACGUGUGCACUGGACCGUUGGCUGCUGUAAAGUCCUGCUGCUAGGCUUUGAGGUCGCGGGUUGAAGCCAGGCAGCCUGUGAACCAAACCCAGUAUUGCCCCUUGUGACUCAUCUGGGUUCACUUAAUGCCUCCUUCCCUCCUGCCGGCCCUCAGCUAUCCGAGGUGCCCCGACUCGAACUGAUGUGCUCCCAUCUUUCGGUUCUCUCUGGAAGCUUUCUUGCCUGAUACAGGCCCCUCUGAAGCUCAUUAAGCAGCCUCCCCAGCUCAUGGACAGUCUACCGAAUGCCGUUGUUCUUUGGGGUGAGUCAGGAUGAGGUGUGCAUGUGGCCCCUGAAGCUAUGUCAGAUGAGAUCUGUGGCUGGCUGAUCAUAAAAGGUUACCAUGCCAGCUGAUGUGCUGCAGAGCCUUGAAUGAGCUGUGCUGAGGGAUACUUUUCAUUAACACUAAAUUGCCAUCAGGAUCAGCAGAAGAUUGAUACCUUCUUGCAGGCACAGGGUGUAUAAAAAUGAACCUGACUUUUCUCCCCUUUCAGUAUUCAACAUUUAUGAUGACUGGCUGCCUAAUGAAAGGGUGUGUGGGGUGGGGGGUAAUAUGGAAAAAUUAUAUGCCACCUUGUGCUAUGUUGGGAAUCAGAAAGGUCUUUUCGUUCCCUGUCUCUGGUCUAGGCAGCUUUCCACAGAAGGCCCUGUGCUGUUUGCCCAUAAAUUGCAGUGUGAGAUGCAUCAGUUCAGAGCUGAGGGAAGAUUUCUAUUUGCUCCUGCUGGCCCAAGCUGCUGAUGGUGGUGUGUGGGGAAUUCACAUCGCCAUUCCUGCCUUGCCCUGCAGCUAAGCCCAGAAUCAUUUUAAGCAGAUAAAUUGCCAUUUUCAAGUUGAUUUUUUCAAAGGCACAUAAUGCCCCCUUUGUACUGACCCAGAGUGUUCCCAACGGGGGGACUGCUUGUGACGGAAGCUGUCUCAAACAGACGCCUGCAUGCUGUAGAUGGAUUUUAACAUUUGAAAAAUAGGGGCCAAGCUUUUCAGCUGGCCCUGUCGCUGUUUAGAUGGGAUCGUUGUUGGAGACUCUGCCACAUCCUUUAACUCGGAGUACAAGAGCCAUUCAUGUGACAUUGCACCUGAGGAAAUUGCACUAAUUACAUUGGGGUUCUGAAGAACUGUACCAGUGACAGGCAGGAGGGCACUGCAGAGAGCUUGUCUGGGAGAAUGGAAAUGGGAAGGCCAGCUCAAUAAGCUGACUGGCCUGGGGUUCAUCGCUUGCAUUCCUCUCUGCUGGUUGUUAAAAGCAAAACCCAAACAUGUCUGUCAGUGUGGACAGUUGCUGUCCUGUGCUAAGUCCAGCAGCAAAGCCUGGCUCCUUCACUGCGGAAGUCAGGCCCCUGCACUAGAGAGCUGUCCUCUGCAGAUGGAAAUGGAUCCUCAAAGCUCCCCUGUUGCAUCAUGGCCUUUGCCUCCCACCCAUUAGCGAGCAAUCCCAUUGGUGAAAAUGCCCGGUGUCAUAUGACGCUGCGAUAGUUCCAGCCAAUCUGAGCCUAUCCAGCCUCUGCUGCCCAUGGUUGGAAAUUAACAUAGAAAUGCUUUCUUCCUUUUUCUGUCAUCCUGUUGGAAGCAGGUAGCAGGAUCGGAGGGGGCCGGUUCAAGUAAUUGCAGGUAGUUCAUUUGUCAUUUAUAUUUCUGCCUCAUGCAGAGCUCUGCGGCUGCUGGAUGUUUUUAUCAUAGUAAAUCCAUUGUAUCUGAUUUGGGAUGUGGUGAAAAUCUGAUUACAGUGAAACCUGUCAUA